AUAUGUGUAAGUGUAUGUGUAAAAUCUCAUUCACGUGGAUUAUUAUUAAGAGUAUAUAUAUAUUUUGCUGUUUGUUGUUUUUAUUUUUCACUUUGAAAUCCAUUUCUUCUAUGCUUGAUAAUGUGAAGAUACUUCCACGACUGUUUCGAAGUGAAACAAUAUUAUUAACUUCUACAUUAUGGCCGAAGAUAAUAAAUGGUAUUUUUCAAAAGAUAGACUUGAGAAUACACCGAGUCGAAAGCACGACGUUGAUAGUGCUCGAGAACUCUCAUAUAGACAGCAAGCAGCUAACUUUAUUCAGGAUAUGGGACAAAGACUCCAAUUGUCUCAACUUUGUAUCAAUACAGCUAUUAUGUAUAUGCAAAGAUUUUAUGUUUUUCAUUCUUUUACUGAAGUCCAUAGAAACAAAUUGUCCAUUGCAGCUUUAUUUCUUGCUGCAAAAGUGGAAGAACAACCUCGUAAGCUAGAGCAUGUCAUAAAGAUGGCUCAUGCUUGUUUACAUAAAGAAAAUCCACAAUUAGAUACUAGGAGUGAGGAUUACACAUAUAAGCUCAACGAAGCAGUGGCCUACGAAAACAUACUGCUUCAAACUUUAGGAUUUGAUAUUGGAAUUGAACAUCCACAUACUUAUGUGGUGAAAGUUUGUCAACUUGUCAAAGCUAGUAAAGAUCUUGCUCAAACUUCCUAUAUAAUGGCAACAACCAGCCUUCAUAUGACAACCAUGUGCCUGCAAUACAAACCUACAAUAGUAGCUUGUGUUUGUAUUCACUUGGCAUGUAAAUGGUCCAGUUAUAUGAUUGAAAAAUGCUCUGAAGGUAGAGACUGGUUUUUUUAUGUAGAUAAAGAUGUUACAUGGGACUUGUUAGAACGACUUACACAGGAAUUUAUUGAAAUUUUGGAACGAAGUCCCCAUCGGUUCAAACGAAAGUUUGGUAAAGAUGGAACAAUGCAUGGUCCUAAGCCUGUUGAUAACAAUCCUGCCCUACCUGGUCCUAGUGGUAGUGGUAGUAGUACUAAUAGUGGUGCCAGUACUUCUAAUAGCAAUCGGCCUACUGCUGUUCCUGUAGAAAAUAAAAUAGGAGUUGUAAUCAAAAAAGAAAAAGAUCCUUCUCCGGGACCACCAAAUGUUGAAUAUAAUAGUGAUUCUAAGGAGAAGAAACCUGUCGUUGUAAAGAAAGAACACGAUUCUUCAAAACAAGAAGAAAAGCCUCAAUUAUCAUUGCCGCCUCCACAGCCUUCGACAUUAUCUCAACCUAGUGUGCAAGCACCAUCUCAUACAACUUUACUGAUGCCUAAUGAACAGUUAAUAGUUUUAUCUAAUCAAAGUGUUGAACAUCCUCAAGAAAAACCACAGCCUCCACCUCCUCCACCUUUACCUCAGCCUCAUCCACAGCCUCCUCCACCACCAGCCACGCAUAUGCCUAAUGAACAUUCAUCAAGCAAAAAGUCAUCAAGUAAAGAGUCCUUUGAAUCGUCCAGUAGCAAGAAGCAUAAAAGCAAGCAUGUGUCUAAAAGUAAAAUGUCUAUUAGCAAUAGCAGUAGCAAUCACUCUGAGCCAACUUCUAGUGGCAUCAAAGUAAAAAUUCGUAAAGACAUUAUUUCACUUAGUGGUGUGGAUUGUAAUCAAAAAUAUACGCCGCCUGUCAAGGCAGAAAGCCCCAAGAAACCACUCAAGAUUAAGCUUCCAAAACCACCACCUCUAGAAAAUACUCCCAAGGUUGAAAAAUCUUCAACUCCUACUUCACUUAAAAUUGUCUUGACCAAGGAUAAAUCUGGUUCUGGGUCGUAUAGUACUUCACAUAAAAGUGAGCAUCGGGAAAGUAGAAAACGAUCUCACAGUAAUGUAACUCCCGACGGCUCGCAUCGUGAUCACAAAAAUUCAGUUGAACCAUCCACUAAAUAUCCAAAAGUUGAACAAUAUCAAAAGAAUCACUCAAGUGACCAGCGGCCAAAUAAAGUGUCGCGACAUAGCUCGCAUCGUUCCGAUGUGGACAAUACUCAUAAUAAUGCGUCGUCUUCUAGGUUACAGUAUCCUGUUAAUGAAAACUCUACAUUCCAGAAUUACUCUUCUGUGCCGAAUUAUCAGAAUUCUUAUCUGAUUCCGCCUCCUCCUCUACCAAAAUUAAAAGGUCACAACAUGAUGGUGGGCAAGACGAACUCAAACUUUCCCAUGCAGCCACCACUGCCUCCGCCUCAACCUCCUCCUCCACCACCUCCACCAGAGGAUAUAUAGGCAGGAUUAAUUUUCUGCCUCUGCAAAUUUAGGUUUAAAUAUAAAUAAUUGAAGUAACCAGAGUCACCAAGCAUGUAUAAAUACAUGCAUAAUCUUAAAAGGUAUCAAUUCUAUUGUGAAAUUGAAAUGUUCGGAAGAAAAAAGAAGUCUUUUUUGGGGGGAAAUAAUGAAAUUUUACUGACAUCAUUGAGACAGUUGUUGAAUUUGUAUGCAUGAGUUAGUAAAUUUUUUCAAAGUAUGCACACAUUUGAAAAGUAAUCAGGUCUUAUGUUUAUUUUGUGUUGCAUAGUUUGCCACCAAAUUCUUUUUUUGUGUAUGUAUUAUAGUAAAGAAUUAUUUGUUUUUAACUCAGGACAUUGGUAGAAAUGUUGUUCUUAAAUGCUUCUAAAAAUUAAUUUAUUUGAACUCAAUGUGCUAAAGAAGCAUUUUAAUUAUUUUUGUUUUGACUGAAGAAUGCUACUGUUCAAAGUAUAGCAUAUUUACUGAUUACUUUUUGCUGAUUUUAUGACUAUAUGAUAACGUAAUUCUUAAGUUUUUGUCUGUUAUUAUUGCUAGCAUUUUGUUAACUUAUUAAUGCCGGACUUUAGAAAUCGAGACUUCAGUAAAUUUUAAAAAUUUACUUAAAUUGUGUUUUUUAAGAAUACAAUUGAUAACUGUGUUGUAAAUUUUGGAAAGGAAAAAAAAUUGGAAGUUAUUUGUAGAAAAUGUAUUAAAUAGUCAAUAAAAAAUCAUUUAAAUAAUUUCUUUACUGAAAUCUUAAGUAUGCUGUUAAAAGUGAAAAGAAAAAGGGGUUGAGUUUGUUGUUUUAAAGUAAUAUCUCCAAAAAAAUGUAUUGGUUUUUUGUUCUUUGAUGCACAUUUCAAAUGAGGAAAAUGGCUGUCCAUGUAACAUAUCUUUGAAAGAUAGAACACUGCCUCCAAAUAAUGUGGACAGCAUCUAAUAAAUACUAACUGCUGCAUCAUUGUCCAAAUCAAUGAAAAACUGUGAAUUCUUACUGGUCCUAUUUGGUGCAUGGUGUUUGUGGCAAGACCAUGUUUAUUUUUCCACAGAAUAAAGAGAAAUGAUGUUGUCAUUAUCAAAUAUUUCUUACUUGAAUUUUUUUUAUUAAGAAUGUGAACAACUUUUGAUUUGUUGUGUUUGAAUUUGUCUUCAUUCAUCAAUGCUUAUAAAUGUAAGCUGCCAGUGCAUAUUACUUUGAUCAAAGAAACUGUCUUAAUAGCAUUUUACAUAAAACUAGUAUGACAAUAUAUUAUCUUUUUUUUUAAUUGUUACUUUUCUUUAACUUGUGUAAAUAUGACUAAUGUUAAUUUUCAGAAGCAAAUUCUGUUAUCUUAAAAGCAUUGUUUAAGUUGAUACAGUAGAAUUCCAAUUUUAAUGGGAGCUAAUCUUAUUUGAAUAAAAUUCAGAAAUUAAGUGAAAAAAAUUUUCAGAAACAGAGUUCAUUACAAAUGUAUAAUUAUUAUUUAAAAACAUAUAUAUGGAGUCUAUUUUAAUUUGAAAUAUUUCAAAAAGAAAUUGCUUUGUAUAGGCAUUUCAGUGUAAUUUUAGUCAAACUGAAUAGUUAUGUACUUAGUAAUUCUUUCCAGUGGCUAAUCCCUUGAGACUUAAAAUAUCCCCAAUUUUGUCACCCCCCCAUCUGCUAAAUAAUUCAUAUGAUUGGGCUAUUGUUAAUUGGAAUUCUACUGUAAAUUGUUCUUUAAGAUUAAUGAUUAAAAGCGAUACGUCAAUUUUGUUAUUAAAGUUUAAAAUACAAUUAUUUUUUUUGGCAUAUCUUUCAGAAUUUAGAUAAAUAGGGUUUGUUUUAGCUAUUCUAAUCUUUCCUUUUUGUGUGUGUGUAUCACUUAAUUUAAUGUAAUAUAUUUAUAUUUCUUUAUUCUUUUAUGUUGUAGUUUUUAAUUCUCUUGUAAAAUAUUUCUAAGUAAUUUACUUUUUUUUUAAGUUCUGUUAAAGUACAUUCUAUUAUUUCAUUUUCUUGUUCAUUUACAUGAUGUCCGAGUCAGCUUCAAUUGCAAAAUGCAUAAAAUACUCUUCAAAGCAAUGUACUGUUCCAAUUUUGCACCCAAAGAAUUUUAUUUUUCAAUCUGAAUACCUUUAAUUUAUUACUUUUCAUGUUUUCAAUUGAAAAUUAAUUUAUCAAAGCAUUGGCUGUGAUUUUUGAAUUUUUAUCAUUGUAUGAUAGCUUAGUGAUUGUAUGAUAGCUCGUUUAUCUGAAUUAUGGUUAGGAUUCAAAUUGCUAUUUUUAUCUCCGAAAGAAUUGAUGUGAUACUAAGCUUUAACUGAUAUUUAGUGCAAUAUGGCCAUAAACAAACAUUUGACUCAUUCAUUUAGCACCAUCAUUCAUUAUUAAGAUUUGGUGGUAUUUAGAAUCCCACUAAUAAGAUGGGAACUUGCUGCUUAAACUGGAUGUCAUAUGAAUACUGCGAGAUAUUACAUACGAUACUGCCUCAUAUGCAUGAAUUUCCUUUUGAAAUGCAAGUGGACUUGUGCUUAAAUAAAUUGCUCAAAGCUUGAAGAAGGUUUUUAUAGGCCACUACCUCAUUCAUUUGCAUAAUCCUCAGAAUUUGGUGUUCAUUGUUUAAAACAUGUUAUGAGGUGGAAGUAAGUUCUAUUCCUUGAUAUCCUAGAUGGUGUAUAUUUUUGGAGUGAAAUAUAAGAUUGCCUUAUUUAGUUUGAUUUCCAAUAUAUGCAUGCUAAAGUAAUCAGUAAAUGUGUUUCUAAUGUGAGAUGAAUGGGAUAGCUUUUGUAAAUAAUGUAAAUUUUUGUAAGAAUAUAAUCAAGAAAUGGGCAUGUAAGAACAGAAGUAUAGACUAAUUUGAAUUGUAGUGCAAUUCAUUUUACUGUUCAGCAGCUCUUAAUAUUAGGCUUUUUAUUGAGCAUUUAGUUCUCCCUAAUAUUUGUUGAUAUUAAAAAGAAACUUUGAACUAAGAAUUAAAAAUUAAUGAAUGGAGAAACUGUGAUUCUCCUUAGAAUUUUUUUUUUUUUUUUAAUGAAACAGUACAUUGAAUCUUUGUUCACAUGUAUUUCUUUUCGAAUAUGUCAUUGCUAAUAUGUAAUCUUAUGACAUUGAAUUAUUUUUCCGUGUAAAAUUAUUUAAUUUUUCAUUUUAUAAGGUCCUUAAAAAUUGCCGUUUUCAAGUGCACUUAUAUAUCACAUGAACUUAAAACAUUUUAGCAGAUUUUGGUUGAUUAUAUUUCAAGCUGGAAUUUAAAUGCUUUAGAAUCAGAAAAGUGAUUUAUUUUUUCCCCCCUUAGUUUUGCCUUGUAAGCUGAAACAAUCAGAUUUCUGUAGUCUGUAUUGAUAUUUUAAUUUAAAUACUCUCUUGAAAACGAACAUUUAAUAAGAUUUAUUUUUAAUAGACUGUCAUUAAGAAUCGGUUUCAUAUGAUAGUUCUGUAUAUCAAAAUUGAAUCCUGGGAUUAAUUGUGGAUUGUAUUUUUACAUUCGGACCAUAGCAAAGCAACUAUUAAGAUAGAUUAGAAGUCUGAUUUACAUAAUUUUAAAUAUUCUUUUGGAGAAUGCAAAAAUCAUGAUUUAGUUUCUUAAAGACUUCAUAUUUUUAGUAAUUUCUAAUGAAUUAAAGACAGCUUGCAAUAGAUUUUUAAGCUGUUUUCAAUUUUUGCAAGAAUGUUUUUAUAUAUUUGAAUUCUGUAAUUAAAAAGGGACCUGAAUUUGUGUAUCAAAAUUUUGUGAGAAUGGUUUAAAGUGAUGUUUAUGUAUUUCAUUGAGAACUAAAAAUAUAACUCAUGGAUUAUGUGUUGUCAAGUUUUUAUUAUUUUUAAAGUUGCUUUCUUGUUUACUUCUGUGCCUUUUUGAAUAAUGUUUAUAAUUGUAUGUGUCAUUCAUAUUUUACAUGUAUUUAUUGUAUGAUAUUAUAGUGCCUUUUACAUGUUACAUUCACAUAUAGGAAGGAUUCUGUCAAAUUGCAGGAAUGUUUCUGUCCUUAGGUGCUCUUUAUGUGCUAUAACUCAUUUAAAUCAAAGCCAUAAGAACAGAUUAUGGCUGAAAAACUCUGAAGUUUUUCAAAUUUAAAUACUCUAGAGAAUGAAAUAUUUGAGCAUUUUUAUUUGAUAUCUUUUAUGACUAUUUAAACCAUAAAGACAGAUUUUGGCUGAGAAAAUCUGACUUUUGAAAUUCUUCUAGCAGGCAUAGGAUAAAAUGUUUUUAAAAAUGUAUUAAUUUGUUGUCAGUUCUCAUGAGUAAAACGAGUUGCUUAAAAUUGUGAUGAAAUUAAAACUUUGAUUUAUUGCUGUAAAAAUACUAAGCCUGUUAUAUUUAUGUGUGUGUACCUUUAAUUCAUUGAAAGUUAAACAGGUUUUUUGUAUUUAUAUGAAUUUUCUUUUAUCAACAAGCUUUUUCAAUUUAUAUUUUUGUUUACUUCUAUGCAAAUAGGUAAUAUUUGUAUGUUAUUCCUCAUAUUUCACAUAUAUUUUUCAGAUUUUAAAUUGCCCUCAAGUAUAGUCUUGUGGUCAUUAAAUGCACGAUUCCCACAUACUAUGUAGAAAUUGAUAAUUGUUGCUUUGGUUUUGCAUUUGUAUUCUGAACCGAUAUUUACAUAAACAUUAGACCAUGUUUUGGCUUCAAAAAUUGGAUGUGGUAAUUUGUGGAAAAUAAGGGAACAAUUAAGUAAAUUACUAUUUUUUUUUCAAUUUUUAACAAAUUAACUGCCUCGAAGCUGUAUUUUAAAAUUGCUAAUUAAUUUAUUGAGAAGGAUUGAAUUUUUUUAUACGUAUAGACUAAUUUUUCCCUCAUCUUUUUUCCCCCCUUUUCAGUUUUCAUAAAUUUAAGAAAGUCAAUAGGAAAUGCUUUCAACUUUAUAUCCACAAAAUCACCCUGAAAUCUGAAUGACGGUGAAUGUAUAAAUCUGAAUCCAUUUUUUCCAAAGUUUCAUAUUUUUCAUAGACUUAGUGGGAUGCUUUUUUGUAAAAAUGAAUAUAUCUGUGAUAUGUGAAAAGAGAGGAUUAUUUUAUAUAUUUUUAGUUAUUAAAGAGAUUACUCUUUGCAAUCCCUGAUGAACAGUGUGACCACUCGUAAAAGGUACCGUUUUUUUUAAAGCCACAGAGUGCCUGAAACAAAGAGCACCAUUUAAAAAAAAAAAAAACUUUGUGCACUCUAGUAGUAAAUAUUAGAAAUAGACUUUCAUAUUUUUUGUACUAUUUCAGCCUUACUUACUCACUCACUUCCAGGGUAGCUGAAAAUGUAUUUUUUGUGUUGCGACAGCUUAUCUGUUGCAACUCAAAAAUAAAACAUGGUGUUGUUAGUUAAAGCCACAGAAAGCCUGCUGCAAGAGGGAACUAAAUAUUUAGUAUAUUACUGAAGCAAAUAUUGCUUAUGAUGAUUUUAGUUCCCUUUCUAGUGAACUCAAUGUGGGCUGAUCUGUGGUAAAAAAACUUUUUUAGUAGUGUCGGUGUUCAUCUAGAAUUGCAAAUUGUGUGUGUUGUUUAUUUAUUAAGUUGAUUAUAUUUGUUAUCCUAAACCUGGUGUUCAAAAAUGUUGCAGUGAAUAUUUGGGGGAAACGGGCAUGAAUGUCAUUUAAAAGCAUUCAUGGAAAUUUAUUUUUUGUGUGACUCUGGUUCUUCAAUAAAAAAAAUCAAAACAGUUUUGCUGUUUAUGUAUUAUAGACUAAAGAUUAAUAGGAAAGUGUGCUAAUCCGAACUUAUGAUUUGUUUCUCAUUGCUUUUUGAAGGCUGAAUUUCAAUUCUGUGCCCUGAUUGAAUCUACUCAGCAAUUCAAGAGAUCUCCCAAAGUUGAGUGCCUCAAGUCCAGCACUUAUAGGACUUAUAUCUAUGCAAGCAUUUUGGUGUUCAAUUUGUGUACAAGUACCAAAGCAACUUUUUGCUAAUGCUCAUUGGAAUAUUUUCCAACUCAAUUGGAUAUUUUUUUUUUCUUUUUAAUUGUAGAAGUGAAUCAGGGUGUAAAGUGCUUUUUCAGAAUGAAUUCUUUUUUAAAUUAUUGUAAUGUUUAAAAGUUAGUGUAACUUUCCUGAUUAAUAAUUAAAAAUUGUUAAAAAAAUUACAA